AGCGCGCGCUGAUUCGCUGCAGGCUUGAUCCUAGUCGCGUUUUCUUGUCAAUUGGGCGCCAUCAAAGUUCGCGAUCCGUGUUGCUUCUGCUGUGUGCAAUAUCUCGAUUUACAUCACCAGUCGCGGACUCAGAUAGACGACGUCGCGCCAGUUACACCUCAUCUCGGAUUGCGCAGCACACAUUCACCCACCAUGUGGCCCUUCUCCAGCUCCAGCGCAGACAGCGCACCGAAGCCCAUCAUGGCGCCCGCAACCGAACAGCAGGUCCAGCUCCUCCCAGCAACAGGGCAAGCGCUGCCUACCGCACAAUCGCAAUACGCCACACCGCCGCCCUCGACCUCGCACACGAAGCCCUCCGCAGCGCCACACGACCCCGACUUCUACACCGCACACCCACAUCUCGCACCCCCAUCGUUCAGCACACCCACAUCAGACGCAAGCACAGGCGCGGCAGGCCAGGAGGAGCUCGAUCCCACCCUCCCCCGCUCAAUGUCCUGCCGCGCCACCUUCGAUGCGGCGUUCUACUGCAGUUCGCUGGGCGGCCACUUCAACGACAUCUAUCGGUACGGGCAACUGCGCAGCUGCAGCGAUCACUGGAACGACUUCUGGUUCUGCAUGCGGACGAAGAAUAGCUACUCGGGGUCGGAGGUCAAGGAGCGUAUGAUCCAGGAGCGGUAUGCGGAGAAGGAGAAGGUGCUCAAGACGAAGCCGAAUUCUGAGGAUGUGUGGCGGAGAAGAGGGCCUGGAGAGGAGGUGAAAGAUCCCUUUUCUUUGGCUGGGAAGGAAUGAGCGUAUGAGGAUGACUGUAUGAUACAGCAGGAGAUGUACAAUAUGAGACGGAAUACAACAUGAGACGGAAUACGCUUCUGAUCAAGUACAACUGAUCGAGUACAAAUGUACGUGGAGCGCUGUGGUUUGAUGUAAAUGCAGACGUGACGACUACGAUGCAAGUUUGUAGUAUACACAUGUAAGCAACAUACACCACGACGACUACGAUCCUUCACAGCCAUCACGAUAUCCAAUACUAGAAUGGAAUGUCAACCGCCGAAAUGAAGACGAGUAGCAGGCAAGAAACAUCACAGUUGCAAUGGGACAAAUGUUGAAGUAAUUAUGUGGAUUCUACUCGGGAUAUAUCAUCACAUGCGUUCC